UGGAUCAUGUGACCUACAGGUAGGGGAGCUGCGGAAAAGCAGCUGGAUCCCAAUUCUUUGCUGUCUUUCUGCAGAGGAGGCGAAGGCGGUUGGCUGCAACUGGAGAUGUGAAUUGCCAGUUGUGGGCCUGAGUUACUGUCCUUGCUGGUGCAACCCGGGCGCUGUUGGGACAAUGGGACUCCGGAGAGCCAGUCUGUGGCGUUUGCUGCUCUUGUUACAGACAGCCGUUGAAGUGAUGGGGAGCCAACCCUGCAACAAGAAGUACUUUGACCAAGACUCCAUGGUGUGCGUUUGCGACCGCACCUAUUGUGACACCCAGGACCCCGUCUCCCUCCCUUCGCCCGGCUUCUUUGUCAAGUACGAGAGCAGCAAAUCCGGCCAGCGGAUGGAGCGCAGCGAAGGGAAGUUCCAGGACAAAACAUCCACCCCAGCUCUGGUUCUGGUUCUGGAGACAGCCCAACGGUAUCAAACGAUAAAGGGAUUCGGCGGUGCUGUCACUGAUGCAGCUGCUAUGAAUAUAUUAUCUCUGACUCCCGACACCCAGAAUCAUCUGCUCCGUUCCUACUUUUCAGACGAAGGGAUUGAGUACAACCUUUUGCGCCUGCCCAUGGCAUGCUCUGACUUCUCCACGCGAGCGUACAGUUACGCAGACCAGUGUGUGAAUGACUACAACUUGAAGUGCUUCAGUCUGGCUUAUGAAGACACUGAACUGAGGAUCCCGCUCCUCCACCGCUUCAUGGCCACUGCGAAGCGGCACCUCUCCCUCAUUGGCAGUCCAUGGAGCGCUCCCGGCUGGCUGAGGACCAAUAACCAAGUGAUGGGCAAAGCGCGCCUGAAGGGAGAGCCAGGCGAUAUCCACCACAAGACCUGGGCCCGCUAUUUUGUCAGGUUCCUGGACGAAUACGCCCGUCACAACAUCACCUUCUGGGCAGUCACAGCUCAGAACGAGCCGUCAUCCUCGGUUUUCAUUCCCAUGAAGAAUUUCCCCAUGACCCAGUUUAGUCCGGAAACGCAACGGGAUUUCAUCAUCCUGGAUCUGGGUCCCGCAUUGGCCGCCAGUCGCCAUAAGGAUGUCCUGCUCAUCAUUCACGAUGACCAAAGGAUCCACCUGCCCAAUUGGGCCAACGUGGUCAUCGGGAACAGCAGUGCUGCCAAGUAUGUGGCUGGCAUUGGGAUCCACUGGUACCUAGACAGUGUGACUCCUCCUGGACUCACCUUAGAGGCCACCCACCUCCUCUAUCCCAACUUCUUCCUGCUCUACACCGAAUCCUGUAAUGGCUUCCGGAUCUGGGAGCCCAGAGUUGACCUUGGGAGCUGGGAGCGAGGUGUCCGAUACUCCCAAAACAUCCUGACGAACCUCAACAGCUUUAUUGUUGGUUGGAUUGACUGGAACCUGGUCCUGGAUAUGGAAGGGGGACCCAACUAUGUGAAGAACCACGUGGACAGCCCGAUCAUCGUGAAUCCCCUCCGAGACGAGUUCUACAAGCAGCCCAUGUUCUACCACUUGGCUCACUUCAGCAAAUUCAUCCCUGAAGGCUCCAUCCGGGUUGCCUUGACCAACAAUUUUGAAAUUACCAGCUGCCAGCUGCAGGGUGCCGCCUUCCUACGUCCCGACAGUGUUGCCGCAGUAGUUGUGCUUAACAAGUGCUCCUGGGACGUGGAUUUCAGCAUCGCUGAUGACCAACUCGGCUACAUUGAGGACAUUGCUCCAGCCCAAUCCAUCCAAACCUACCUUUGGAAGAGACGAUGA